UUCUAGAGAAGUGUCAGUAAAGCUUCACUUAGUUAAUAACUAAACCGGCUCAGACUGCUGUGACACUCCUGAAUAUUAUUGACUGUGGAAUAACUUGCCUGCUGAGUAAAGAGAAGACAAACAUCAGCACGACACUGAACACUGAAUGAAGAGGAGAGGUUUUCGUACACAAACUCUAAACAGCUCUUCUGGAAAGGAAAUGUCCACUUGGAUUUCCAUGGCAUGGACUUUCUGACAUUUUAUCUGUGCCUCAGUUUUAGCUGUGCUUCAGUGUGUGUUGGUGAGGAAGAAGAGGUCAAGAAUGACAGCGCAGCAGUGGUGAGAGCACUGUUGGUGUUCAGCGUUUGCCGGUGGUGAUAUAACAUAGAGCGGUAUUCAAGCAAGUCCGGCUGUUUUCCUGGCCUGUGGUAGCAGUCCCUAGUAACAACACAGCACCAAAGUUCCCUGACCCACGCGACGUCUAAGUGAAAAAGGAUAGUCUACUGGUAUGCGUAGUGGGGAUUGUAAGAAGUUAAUCGUGCCAAAGACUGUUCCUGCCUGUAUGGUAUGAUGCCAGCGCAACAGUAACAGAAAUGGCGAGCUGAGGUGAAGUGAGGACCCAAGAGCAGACUCAAGACAGGUUCUACAGUUAUGUCACUGGUAGUGAAAAAUGAUUCUCUGAAUGAAACCAACUGCACCUACUUCAAAUACCAAGCAUACACCAUCACCUACACUAUAAUGUUUCCAGUUGGAUUUCUCGCUAAUUUGGCUGCUCUGUUUGUGUUCCUGAGGCAGACAACUAAGAAGACAGUCAACACUGUGUUCAUGACCAACCUGGCUAUUUCUGAUGUUUGCUUCUCCUUAACGUUGCCCUUUCGCCUGAUUUACUACUUUAAGAAAUGUCAGUGGGACUUUUCGGAUUGGCUGUGUCGCUUGUGUAUCUACUCUUUCUAUAUGAACCUUUAUACCAGCGUGCUGUUUCUUACAAGUCUAAGUGUACUGCGCUAUCUCGCUGUGGUGCACCCUAUUCUAAAUAAGACCCUGGUGACCAUGCGGCGGGCUAUUUUGGGGUGUUUUUGCAUCUGGGUGUUCGUAGCGAUCCUGUCCCUUCCUUUCCUGAUCUCAGGGUCUCCGCACGUCAAUGGGAAAAUAAGCUGUUUUGAAGUUAAAAACAAGACUAACUGGAAAAGAAUAGAACCACUCAAUCAUGUGGGACUGGUCUUUGGCUUCCUGAUUCCAUUUAUCAUCAUCCUGGGAUGCUAUGGGUGCAUCAUCCAAAGACUAUUUUCCAGUCGGAUAUUACAGAAACGAAGGCAAAGCCAGCACUGGCGCUCUGUGUACCUAAUCAUUGUGAUCCUCAGCACCUUCCUACUGUGCUUUGCACCUUACCAUAUAGUCCGCACACUUCAUCUGCGCGCCGCUGUAUCAGAGAACAAAGAGCAGGAGACAUACCUGCUUGAUAUUGUGGUCAUCACUCGGUGCAUGGCUGCAUCCAACUGCUGUUUGAACCCCCUCCUAUACUAUUUUGCUGGAGAGAACUUCCGAACGUCCUUCAGUAGGGCCUCACGGCGCAUGACAAUCAGCUCUUUAAAUGAUAGCAUACGCCUGUCACGAUAUUCAUGGAGCCAGAGGAAACGAUUAGGAAGCCAGAGGAUGGACACAGCUGAACUUGGGUAGUCAGUAAAGAGAAAUAGAAAUGACAAAUUAUACUUUACUUUUUUAACCCCUGUGAGAGCUAUGAUCAGAUUCUUUGUACAGCUAGAGAUCAGACAUUUAGACAAACUCUUUUCAGAGUCUUUUUCUUGAGAAAAAAAACAAUAUCUUGUCUCCAACUUAUGACAGUAUAUGAAGUAAUCUUUAAGCAUUUUUGACUGAAUUAUUAUACUAUUUCCUUUCAGUCGCAUAAACAGAAAAUAUUUGUCAAAAACAGUGAUCUCAAAGAUACUGCCUCAUGCCAGAGGAACCAAUUAAUGAAGAAUUUUCUAUAUUUAUUUUCUACUAUAUGAAGACUAAAAUGAACUUUCCAGUUCCAAGCAACUUCUAAAUAAAAAUGCAAUGUUGAUUAAA